AUGCAUCAGCGUGAGGAGGACUACCACCUACUGGACCCGAUGACUGCUCAACUGCUGUACGAGCGAAUCGAACGUGAAUUCAGUACAACUGGUGUUUCAGCAGGAGAUAAUGACGAUUUUCUUGCGUACGAUUGGCUGGGCCAUCUAUUCGACGAUGCUCAGUUUAGAUCACCUGCAACUUCUUUUGGUAUUGUGCCAGGUGGACCAUGCCUGCAAGGACUGCCUGCGCAACCUGGUGAGUGA